AGUUUUUAAACGCCAACAAAUUUCAGUAAUUUCACAUCUUUUCAUAUAUUAAGUUCUGAAUUAAGAUUUAAUAACAUUAGUGGUAGCAUACAAAUAAUGAAUAUCUGUACAAAAUCACUGAUUUAUGAUGGAACAAUAUAAUUUUUGUAUCAAGUUGGUUCAAGUAAACAGUCACCAUUCAGUGUUUAAGCAUAAUCAGUCAUGUUAUUUUUGAACUCAUUUUAAUUAUAUUUCAAUUCAUUAUACUGAAAAUGAUUAUCAGCAAUUUGAUUGAUCAUGUUGAACUCAAACGACACAUAACAUGAUCAACAAUGUAUUACAUUCAGUUAUGGUUUGUUCCGUCGUAUGAUUGGUUUUUAACAAUAUGUCUUCGACGAAUAAACAUGAUUCUGAUAAAGAUGAUGAAAUUGAGCAAUGUAGAGUCGUCCCAGAUGAAAAGUACAAAAAAUGGAAUAGCAACAUUAGUAGUGGAAAUAAAUUUGCAAGACGAGCUCGUUCGUUUAAAGAAGAUUUAUUGGAUAUUUUAUCAGCAAUGCGAUCGCCUAAUCAUAGUGCCAUCAGCUCCAGAAGUGGUUCACCAAAAAAUGGUUUACCGAAGCAAAGACAUGCUUCAUCUGGAAGUAGUCCUAAGCGAUCCCUUAAUGAUAUCGACUUUAAUGUUAGACAAGUUCAGAUAGCCUUAAGACAUUUCCUUGAUGUAGUUACAAAGAAUAAAUUAGAAAUGUUACCUGGAAAUGGUACAGUAGUUUUAGAAACAGUAACAACAAUUUGUGGCGUGUUUAAAUCAUAUGAUAUUAAUGAGCAAAGUUCACUGGUUGUAUCUGCUUUAAAUCAAGUGUACCAAAGUGUUGCACAGUUGAUUAAGCUAUGUGAUGAUGUUCUUAUUUUUGGAGAAAAAGCAAUCAAUACAGAUAAUGUAUCAGAUAUACUGCGUUUAGUUGAGCUAGCUAUUCAGAACUUGGUAUCAUUAACUAAUGACAAACUUAACCAUGGUGUACUCAAAACUGUGUAUAAAGAUGAGGAUUCAUUAAAACUUCCUGAUGAACUGAAGCAAAGAGUUUCUUUACCAGAUAUACCAUUAACACCGAGAGAAAGAGAAAUAUUAGAACAAACGAGUAAUCAUUCCUUUGAUACAGUUGACUGUAAUCCUCCUUCAAAACCACCUUUACCUGAUCGAACAUGGUUGAAAAAGACUGACCAAAAUAGUUCUCCUCCUCCUUUGCCACCAAAACGUCGUACUGGACAUAACAUCAAGCAUACUCUGUGCAACUUAUCUUUAGAGCCAUUAAGCCUUUCUGAUAGGUCUUCAUCAAUUGGUUCGCUAGAUUCAAUUUUAAAUGAUGAUGAAGUUAACAUUGCUAUGUCCAAUGAUGAUAGUUCUUUUUUAACUAAUGAUGUCAGUCAUGUAUGUGGCUAUUGUAACUGUUCUUCCAGUUCAGCUUCAGUAGACCAAGGCAAUGAAAAACGAAUAUCUCCAUUUUCUGAGUAUCCACCUCAACAUACAAUGGUAGAAAAGAAAACUGCAUUUAUUCAUCAGGCAUCUAAUCAAGUUUGGACACAUUCUAAAUCCACAACAAUACAUCAAAUCACUAAUAGAACUGUAGUAUCAAACGAAAUUAAUUGUCUAUCAUCAAAUGAUGAAAUUCCACCACCAGUGCCAGAAAAAAAACGAAUAGUCAGACAAAGGCUGAGGUCUACUUAUGACAAUUUAUCUAUGGAUGAAAUGGCCACACAAUAUAACUUUCAUAGAAAUAACAGUCAUUGUAGUAUUCAAGCUUUAACACAUACUGCGUCACUUGAUAACCCUGCAGUUGAUCCUUCAAAUCCACCACCUUUACCAUUAAAAAAGAAACAUAUGUUUCAUUCGGUGGCAUAUUCUGUAAUGGCAUAUAUGGAAAUGUUUGGUAAUUGUGCGCAUGUUGGAAAUACUACGGAAUUUCUACGCCAUUCUGUUCAUACAUACACAAUGCUUCAUCAAAGUAAUUGGAAUUCACCUCAAAAAUAUCAAAGUGAAAUCCAAAGUUAUAGUGUUGAAAAUUCUUGUCAACAAUAUUAUUUUACCAAUGAAUCAGAUCCACCAGCAUUACCACCUAAACGUGGUAAAAUAAUAUCAUCUCCUUUUAAAGAACUGACGCCACCUAAUUCUCCGAAUAAAGUAUACAUAACAGAAGUUAUAUCAACUCCAACUCAAACUCAGUGUUUAGAAAUUCAGGAUGUUACACCAAGUGCUAUUGAACAACCUCUACAAACUGAUAUUAGUGAAGUUAACAUUAUGGAAGAAUUAAAUGUAUCUCAAUGGUUAUUAUUUAAAAAACCAGAAGAAGAUGGACCACUUGUUCGUGGUGGACAUGCAGAUGCUCUUGUAGUUCAUGCAACAAACGCAGUUAAAAAUGAUUUCAUGUAUCAAGAAGCAUUUUUAACAACAUAUAGAACUUUUAUAUCACCUUUAGAAUUAAUACAAAAACUAUGCAUGCGACACCAAAGGUUCCAAAAUUCUGGUGAUUUAAAUAGGCAAAGAGCUGGUCGAGAAUCUUUUUCUUUGUUAGUUAGAGUUGUUAGUGAUUUAACUUUAACAGACUUAGAUAAUGAAGUGCUGCAAAUUCUCAUGGAUUUUGUGUAUCAACUAUUAUGUGCUGGUGAUUUAACCAUGGCAAAAGCACUUAGAGUAAAACUUUUGGAAAGGUAUCAGGCAAAAAUGACACAUAACACUUCAAUCAAUGCCCUAUUACCAUCUCAAAAUAUAUAUACUCGUCAAGCCACUUUAUUAGACUAUAAAACAGAACUUAUUGCUGAACAAAUGACAAUGUUGGAUUCAGAACUAUUUAUGAAAAUUGAGAUACCUGAGGUUUUAAUUUGGGUUAAAGAACAAAAUGAAGAGCGUAGUCCAAAUCUUACAGAAUUCACAGAACAUUUUAACAAAAUGUCAUACUGGGCAAGGUCGCGCAUACUAGAACAAAACGAAGCUAAAGAACGUGAACGUUAUGUUUUAAAGUUUAUCAAAAUAAUGAAAAGCUUAAGAAAAAUGAAUAAUUUUAAUUCAUAUUUAGCUCUUUUAUCUGCUUUAGAUAGUGCACCAAUAAGACGUCUUGAAUGGCAAAAAUAUAUAACUGAAGGAUUAAAAGAAUACUGUGCACUGAUUGAUAGUUCAUCAAGUUUUAGAGCUUAUAGACAAGCUUUAGCUGAUACAAAUCCUCCUUGCAUCCCUUACAUAGGAUUAGUAUUACAAGAUUUAACUUUUGUACAUAUUGGCAACAAUGACUAUAUAUCAGAUAAUAUAAUAAAUUUUUCCAAAAGAUGGCAGCAGUUCAAUAUUGUUGAAAAUAUGAAGAGAUUCAAAAAAGGAUGCUAUAAUUUCAAGAAACAUGAUCAUAUCAUUGCAUUCUUUAACAAUUUUGAUGAGUUUUUAUGUGAAGAAGCCAUGUGGCAAAUCAGUGAAAGCAUUAAGCCUAGAGGAAGUAAAAAAACUACGUAAAAGUAUAUUAAAAAAAAAAUUAUUUUAAAUUUAUGUAGCAAUCUAUAUUUAAAGUGGCUUAUUUUUUUUUUUUUUUUUGCGUAUGACGCUUAUGUUCGGGAGUAGACCUGAAAGCCUAGUUUGGACGCCUAUUUAGCAAAAUUUUUAGUUGGGCACCCGUAGGUUUCUGCCAUGCCUGGUUGAGGGGCGGCGGCCUUGCUACCUAUACCAGUGGUCGGCAAUAGGCAGCCCGCGAGCCAAAUUCGGCCCGUGAAGGAAAAAUAAUUGGACCACAAAAAAUAUUUUUUUUAAUAAUGCUGGUUUUUUCACACAUAAUAUAUAUUUUAUCUAUUUUAUGACGUAUUUAGAGAUUGUGAUGAUGUUUAUCGUUUAUUACUAUUUACAAUAAUAGUUGCGAUAACACAACAAUUAUUAACUAAUAUCUAAGUUUUUAGUUUUUACUAGCCCUAGAAAAUUUUUUUUUUUGAUUUUCUGGACCUCCAUAGAAUUUAAUUGCUGAACCCUGACCUAGACAGUUGCCUGCCCAGAGAGCAAUGCCGCCCAUAGCCAGGAUUCAAACCAGCGACGAUGUGCAUCACAAUCGACGCCUUAGUCCGCUCGGCUAUUCCAUCCCCCAAAGUAGCUUAUGAGAAAACAGUUGUUUUGCAAUGAUUUUGUGUGUUUGUUCAAAUGAAAGCAUAAUUUUCCAGGGCAGUAAAAAUUUUAUAUAGAUUAUUUAAUAUUCUAUAACUGAAGGGUUAAAUAGAUGAAAGUGUUUAAUAACAUUUUUUGAAAAAAAAACAUUUUUCAUUAUAUUGAUAAAAAAUUUAAUAUAUAUUAUAGUAUUUUUGACUUAGCUUAAACAUUUCUUUCAGAUAUAUAGGUUGAUAAAGUUAACAUUGUGACAUGAUCGUUAUAACAUAAGAUAAAAUUAAAAGUUUAAAAAUUACACUAAGCACCUUCAUCCAUUUAACCAUUCAGUAAGAAAGUGAUACAAACAUUACCUUAACAAUUAAAUUUCUUUAAGUGUUCAGUAUUUUACAGAUAAUUUGUCAUAAAAUUAUAUAUUUAAUAUUUUAGUGCUCCAACUUUCUCAUAAUAUAGCUCAAUUAUUUGUACAAUAAACAAAAAUUUCAAUAAACACUAAUUUUCUCACAAUUGUUACCAAUUUUAACUUCCAUUAAGAAUUCAUGAAUUACUUUUGUUGACUUUUUGAUUGAAUUUUAUACAUACAUUUUAAUACAGAGUUAACACAAUUUUUUAUUUAAAUUUUUUUAUGAGCACUUCUUAUUUUAAAAAUAAUGUAAACACUAUACUUCUCUAUGCACCACUUUGAAUUAUUAUGUUAUCAUACCUCAUGAUUAAUCAUAGCUUUUAUAAAUGGAAAAAUAACAACAUACAACUUGCGUUAUAGUAAGUGAAAUAAACCAAGUUUUGGUACAUCGAAUCUACUUUGAAAGUGACUAGUUUUAGUAAAUUUGGAAUACCUUAUUAAUUUAAGUAUUUAAUAUGUGCUCGUAUUAUUAUUAAAAUUAGAUCUAAUUUUAAAACUAACAAUUAACAAGGUCUUAAGUAAGAUAGAUUUUAGUAAAUAUCUAGUCAUUUUUUUAAAAAAAACUUUAUUUUAUUAA